AUCUAAUAUUACGCGUCAACCUGGACGCAGGCCACACACCAUGGCUCAUGAGGACGACGACGUCGAGACCCAAUCAGGUCCCAAUGAAAACACAUCUCUACUGGCAGGAGAGCAGCCAGACCAUUCUCCGCAGGAACAGCAAGUGAACGAGAAGAAGUCCACCCAUUGGGUUUUGUGGAGGAUCGUCUGGGCUCUGGUCGCGGCUCUAGUCCUUGUCGUGUUCAUCAAGGGCUGGAUCGAUGCCGACGGCGAUGUCAAUUUUGAUCUUAAGGCUGCGCUCAGAAAAGCCCUGGGAGGCGGUUUGAGUGGCGCGGCGGCAAUGGUUCUGCAGGUGUUGCUCCUGAUGCCUCUCCGAACAAUCAUGAACUAUCAGUACCGCUUCGGAACAUCCUUCUCUCAGGCCACGCAGAUUCUCUACGCUGACGGUGGACUUGGUCGAUACUACUCGGGCAUCGGAGCUGCACUUAUUCAAGGCCCCGUGGCAAGAUUCGGAGACACGGCUGCCAACGCCGGAAUCCUGGCGCUGCUGCAGUCCAACUCGUACCUGAAGAAUCUGCCCUCGCUCGCAAAGACAGUCUUUGCCUCCCUCUGUGCCGCCGGCUUCCGCAUGAUCCUCACCCCCGUCGACACCCUCAAGACGACCCUCCAGGCGCAAGGCUCCCACGGAACCGCCCUCCUCCGAAAACGCAUCAAGGAGCACGGAAUCGGGACUCUAUGGUGGGGAGCGUUUGCCACCGCGGGAGCGACUUUUGUCGGACACUACCCCUGGUUUGCCACGUAUAACCUCCUGACCGAAGCCAUCAAGGAGCCACCGAAAAGCGAGCUGUUCCUGUGGCUGCUGCGCCUGGCCUUUAUCGGGUUCAUCGCCUCCAUCAUCUCGGAUUCCGUGUCCAACUCUUUGAGGGUAAUUAAGACCUACCGCCAGGUCAACGACACCAAAGUCUCCUACGGAGAGGCCGUGCGGCUGGUGGUUCGGGACGACGGAGUAUCGGGGCUGCUGGGGCGCGGCCUGAAGACACGCAUCUUGAGCAACGGCCUGCAGGGACUUCUGUUUUCCAUUUUGUGGAGGCUCUUUUUGGAUCUGUGA